AUGAGGAUGGAAGAGCGAGUGAGAGUGCGGGUCCUUGGCGCCGGCGAGACCGCCGCGAAGGGUUUACUAUUUGACGAAGACGGGGAUGUGGUGACCGAGCAAAGCGACCUCCCUUUCGGCAACUACACAUAUAAACUCGACUUCAAAUUUGCCGAUUCGUGCAUUUUCAACAACGGGCCGAAGGAUCUGGAGAACAGCGAGGUCCUGGCAAAUCUGCAGAAGAGCAGCGAGCCCAAGUUUCUCAACUGCAGGCCAUCCCAUGCUACGCCUCCAAUCCCUCUCCAACUCGUUCAUCCAGUCUUUGGUCACUUCAUCGACUUGACUCGCGACGAGCAAGCUCCUCGGCUGGGAGACAUCGAGUUCGUGGUGGAGCUUGCGAACCUUUCCUCGGUUUACCACUCGGAGGACACCAAGCUAAGACGCGCUGUUCACAGGCUCUUCUCCAGGUACCUGGACAUUCCCUGCCGGGAGACGCUCACGAUUAGCGACAGCUGGGAAGCUCAUCUUGCCAUGAUGAGUCGCUCCAAGAACAAGAGCCUGACUGCUAUAGGUGAAGUGAGGCUCAAGAACAAUCUUGCUUCGUAUGCCCAUGGCUUUCACUGCUACGCACUCUUCUGGGACAUGGUGGGAGCCAAGGAGCGCUACAUAGACACUUGUUAUCCAGCGUUUCUCAUGGAGCUUGUUGGCUGCAAUCUAAGGAUUAGCGCCAUGGCGAAGCUCGACAAGGUGGUGUGCCAGCCUCUCACGCACUUUGUCAACCUGUUGCCAAUCCAGGGCUUGGAUCCAGACAUGGUAAGCGACGCUGUGCGGAAGGUGGUGAAGCAGUUUGGGAAUACGCUUGUCUAUCUGGUGGAGCCUUUGGGCGUGGUGAAGCUGGCCAAGAGAUACGGAGUGGAGGUCCAUCGCGCGUGGGCUGCUGCUGGCUUUGUUCCGGCGCUCUACCAGGUUAGAGCGCUGGCUGGUGGAUGGAUGGAGGUGAAAAUGGAGUAUCUGGGACGGGAGAACGGGUGGGAGAUGCUGGCCGAGUGUGAAGACGCGGACGAGCUGAGGGAGCAAGCUGUUGCCGCGCUGCGAAGCGCUCAUGGCGUUCCAGUAUCGUCUAAUGGCGGGGUCGGAGUCCAUGGAGAUGCCAGGGACGUCAAUGUGAUGGUCAGGCGCCGAGAUGGAGGAGUGGAAGUGAGAUUCAUCGAUUUCGACUGGGCGAGCAUACAUGGAGAGGGGCGGUAUCCUCCCUUCAUGAACGUUGUGGAAGUCCAGUGGCCUCGAGGGGCCGAGUGUGGGCUCGUUAUGGAGCAGAGCCAUGAUGUGGAGUUCCUUUCGACGCCAUUGGAGCAGCAGACUGGUUUGUUUAGGUGA